GUGUGAGAACAUCAAGCUUUGCGACCAGCUGUGUUACAACCUUCACGACGGGACCUUCGAGUGUACCUGCCGACAGGGAUACACGCUGGAGGCAGACGGAUACAGUUGCACGCGCAUGAACUACACCAAGCUGGAGUCGUCGAUCCUCUACGAGAAGGAAGCGUCGUUCGUGGCUGUUCUUGAGGACGACAACAACAACAACGACGACAACAACAAUGGGGAGGAUGACGACGACCAGGGUCACCCCAACGCCCUCGCCUCCUCCUCCUACUCUUCCUCCUCCUCCUCGUCCUCCUCCUCCUCCUUCGACAACCAGGACUACAACCAACUAAUUGACCGCGCAGAUAUUCUCAACUACGAUAGGUACAAGAUGCUGAGAGAGGGACAAGGACAACUGCAGCUGGAGAUCGAAGGGGUGGAGAUGGGGAUUGAAGGGGAGGUUGGGGAGGAGCUUGAGGAGCGCUACCUCACCUCCCCAGGCCCCAACCUCGAGCAGAAGGUCCCCUCUGCUCUCCCCAACCUUCGGGCGACCCAAAGCCUGACCUCCAUGUGCCCGCUGGAGUGUGGUCUGGGGCGGUGCCAACUCGACGCCGCCGCAGGAGUGCCACGCUGCCUGUGUCCCCUCAGCCGCGGCGGACGCUACUGCCACCCUGGCGUUCACAUCGAGACGGCGCGCUUCCACGGCUCCUCCUGGGUCGGAUUCUCGCCGCUACGGGAGGCCUACAGGGACGUGCAGCUGACGGUGGAGUUCAAACCGGAGGGCGGCGAGGGCGUCCUGCUGGUGUCGGGAGAAAAUGAUGACCUCUCCGGGGACUUCAUGGCGGCCGUGCUUGUGGGGUCCUUCGUAGAGUUCAGGUGGGACUGUGGGUCUGGCGCCGGCUCCGUGCGUUCCCCCGAGGCUGUGGCGCUGGGGGAGUGGAACCGCCUGACUGUGUACCGCCACCGCUGGGACGUGUGGCUGCAGCUGAACGACGGACACCACGUACAGGGACGCUCUGAGGGCUUGUUCUCACGCAUCACCUUCCGCGAGCCUCUCUACGUGGGCGGCUCCAACAACCUGACGUCCCUAGCGCCGCGGCUGGGCGUGACGGAGGGGCUGCGCGGGUGUGUGCGGCGCUUACAAGUGAAUGACCAUGUGUACAGGUUCCGUCGAAGUGACCCUCUGCGUGAACCCAACCUCUCCGCCGACUACGCUGCGCUGGACGGCUGGGGCAUCACCGAGUGCAUAGGAGACGCCUGCAGUGAGGUGGAGUGUCAGCACGGAGGGAAGUGCGUCGCAUCCACCCCUCCGCCUCCACUCGCCCCCCACAACCUCUCCUUCCCCACCCACACCACCCCCACUCCCCCGCCCUUCUUUGCCUCCCCUACCCCCACCCCGACCUGCCUCUGUCCCCUCGGCUACUCGGGUGAAUACUGCGAGAAACAACUUAACCUUGAGGUUCCUUCCUUCAAUGGCUCGUCCCACCUGGUGUUCCCUGCGCUGGGGGGCUCGGUGCUGUCCUGGCUGGAGGUGGAAGUGGUGUUCCGCAUGGCGUCCACCGAGGGAGUGCUGCUGUACGAGGGCCACCGCUCAGAUGGCACCGGAGACUUCAUAGCCCUGACGCUGGCCCGGGCACACAUCCUCUUCACCAUCGACCUUGGCUCUGGGGCGCUGACUCUGAGGUCUGAGUACCCCAUUCGGCCGGGCAUGUGGCACUGGGUUAGGGUGUCGCGGACUGGGCGGCGGGCGUGGCUGUACGUGGAUGACCAGCCAGUGGUGAGCGGCCUGACCCCUGGCGGCUUCACCAUGCUGUCCCUCUCCCACCCUCUCUAUCUUGGAGGGAUCCCGUCCACCUCCGCCUCACAGCCCAUCCUGCCCGCUGCUGUCCCCUUCACCGGCUGCGUACAGAAGCUGGCACUCAACGGCCGUCCAAUCCACUUGGUGUCGGGGGCUGUGUCAGGGAGCAACAUAGCGUCCUGCGACCACCCGUGUUCCCAGCGGCCCUGCGACAACGGCGGCGUGUGUGACCCCCAUGGCGCCUCCUACUCCUGCCGCUGUCCCCUGGGUUUCAAGGACGCCCACUGCCGCAGCCGUGUGGUGACUCAGGCCGCCACACCCAGUUUCAGCGGACGGUCCUUCCUCAAGUAUGAUGACCCAGAGAUCCUGAAGAGAGUCUCCGGGGACAAGCUGCACCUGUGGCUACGCUUCCGCUCCGAGGCCCCGGACGGACUGCUGGUGUGGGCAGGAGAGGGGCGGGGCACUGAGGGCGGGGACAGGUCUGGAGGAGGCUUGCUGGGGCCCCCGACAGGCGACUCCCUCACCCUGGGUUUGCAGGACGGGCGGUUGGCGCUCACCUAUAACCUCGGCUCUGGCUUUGCACACCUGACCUACAACAACACUGGCCGCCUGGACGAUGGACAGUGGCACAACCUGAAGAUCAGCAGGUACGAGCGUGAGGCGCGGCUGUGGGUGGACGGAGGAGAGGCCGGGGUGGUGCUGGCCCCUGGCGACCUGGUGCAGCUAAACCUGGACUCUGCUCUAUACAUUGGUGGCAGAGAGGGCGCCCUGAGCGGCAGCAUUGGCGGCGGCUUCCCUGGCCUGCGCGGCUGUGUGGCAGACGUCAUCCUGGCCACCGACUACCACGUGGACCUCAUCACACAGGCUGCCGCCGGCCAGAACAUUGACUACUGCUGACCCCCGGCUGGCACAGACCGGGGCGGCGGUGGCGGCGGCAGAGCUGGUGGUGGAGGUGGUGAGCAUCAGGAUGAGUGGCGGGUGCUGUUGGGUGGAGGUGGGCUGGAGGAGGGACUCUGGCUGUAGGAAGGAAGGAAGGUCACUGGGGAGGAAGGCUGAAGGAGUGGCAGGGUCUGACGGAUGGUUCUUGAGAGGAAGGAAACAUCUGUGCAAGAAAGUUACAAUAUGCCUUCUGAAUAAAGACCCUUCCAGCAAGUAGAGGCUUCUGUGAGGAAACAACAGCAUUCGUUAGAGGGGAAACAUGACAAAACUGAUUCCUUUUAAAGAAAAUCAAAUUAAAGCAAUUGGGAAGCUGAAUGAUUGCACUGAAAACACAAUAUCUUCACAGUAAACUGUAGGAGGAAAAAUGUGGCUACAGACUAAUAAACCAAAAGCCAAGCAAGAUUUGGUGAUAAAGAGAAAGAGCAUGAACUGUGCCUCUGAAGGGAAACAUUCACACGAAGCCCAGUGAAGCAGGAGGCUGGCGUCUCUGACCUCUGACCCCGUGACCCGUGGUGGCAGCAAGCACAGUCAGCUGCGGCACAGCAUGGCACAGCACAGCACAGCACAGCACGCAGGGAGAUGCACGUAGCUGAAACAGUAACCUUAAUAAAUGCCAUAGUAAUAAUAAUGUAAUGUAGCUGUGUACCGGAUGAAGGUGUGAGGCUCAUCCAGAGAGGUUUUUAAGAAGCUUAGACUGUUACUUUAGCAUGGCAGCGGCAAGGCUAGCGAGCGUGUGUGGUUUUGCUUGUGCGUGAGUUUAGCGGCACGCAGCAGAGUUUGUCCAGGAGUCUUGCGUUCCUUCCUUCACUGUUAGGCUGAGAGAAUCAUUAUUAUUGGUUACAUUUGUUGUACAAACUUCACUUUACUUUCUCUCCUUGUUUUUAGUGACCUGUAGUCAUGUGAAUACCCUAGACAUGCGUGUGCGUGUAGCAGCGCACACACCAGUGCGUAUAUACAUGUAGGUGGUCAUAGCUGACUCGAGUGUACACACACACACACACACUACAUCUCUCACACACACAAAGUUUUGUAUACCAAACAACACACAUGAUCCAUGUGCAUGUAUGUACCUGGGAAAGUCAUUGUGCACACGUGUACACAUUGUCAUCGUGCAUCGCAUGUGUGCGAGUGUGUGCAACUGUAUAUGUAUAAAUGCUUACAUGUGUGUAUAUAUGUGUAUGUAAGCUUGUGACUGUAUAACUCAUAAAUAAUAACAAUAUUAAAGUAAUUAAUUAAGACACUUAAGUAGAGGUCACAAUUGGAAUAGGUUGACUAUUUUGAACUUUUCUUUUCACUGCCAAAGGAAAAGAAUAUCUUCUCACUAAUUUGAAAUUCAAGCAAAGAGUUCAGUAUACUCGUGGAUGUGUGCGUGUGUGUGUGGCGUACAGUGUGCCAUCCUGGCCUGCCUUAGUGACAGACAGGCUGGGCACAACCACAAGCAACACACAUACAUCCACACAGUAACAUGCCUGUACUCACCACCACCACCACAAUCUCUCACUUAUUAUAUCACUACAGAAUCUUAGGAGAAGCUGCACCCUUGUCCAUAGUGCUAAGUGACUCAUGAGACAUAGAAUAAAUGUUCAAUCUCACAAACUAUGAACCGACUUCAAACUUGAAGAGAAUUCCAAGAUAAGAACUUUAGAACUAUGAAGACUUGAGGGAAGACUUAGAGAACAUCAUCCUUUGUCCUCAGUGGUUGAACCAGGACAAGAAAUCCGCUAGAUCAGGGCUAUUCAAUUCACUCAGGUCUGGGGCUGGGAAAACUUUACUAAUAACAUGCAUAUGCCUAAAUUCAUAUCAAUUUUAUAUCGACCACGUACUCAAAAAAAGCAAAAAUAAGUCACGUAUUUACUCAAAAAACAUUUAACUAUGGACUUAUGCAUAUGGUAAAGCAAAAUAAUUAAACUGUUGACGUUUAAUACAUGUAAGAGUCAAUGAAGAGAUAGCACUAAGGAUUGCCCAGGAGCCACCAAUUGAAUAGCCCCGCCCUAGACAGGUAACGAGCCUCGCCUGCCCGUGUUCACCUGGCAGCCGCGGGUGGUGGGUGGUGGGGCUCCCAGCACAGUGAGGCAAACGCUGCUCCUUCAGGGUAACUUUGUACAUAAGGGAUCUAUACGGACACCCGGAAAGGCGGUGAAAUACUAUAUAUCCUUUAACUACUAUACAGAAGAGUGAAUAUGUGAUUACUAUGGUUAAAUAUAUGUCCUUUGAAGGUAAUUGUCAAUGUGUGUAAAUUUAUUCUCUCCCUCAACCAUCCAUUCUCACUUUUGCGCUCUCUCAUCUCUGUCUCUCAUUUCUUUCUCUCUCAUCUCGUCUCUUGUCUCUUUCUCUCUCUCAGCAUCAACAGAACACCUUCUCCUCUACCUCUGCAGCUGUGCUAACCUUCACAAAGACACUAAAAUAUCAGACAUGUAAACUUUAAGUACAGUUAUUGAAAUAAUCCCCAUUUAGUACUAUUUAAUUAACAAUCAACAUAUCAUUUUGUAAUAGUGAUGAUGACGGUAAUAUUUACUAUGUAAUACUACUACUUAGUGGUUUAAUCAAGAAAAUAGUGCCUAUAUAUUUGUUUUUACCUUGCGUACACGACUCAGGAGGGCGCGGCAAAACCCGGCCUCGCACGGCUCUGUCCUUCCUCUGUGUGACGGCACGAGGCACCCCAAGGGCCGUCCUGGCAGCACAAAGCCCUCUAGUGCACAUGACUUGGGAGGGUGCAGCAACCCCGGCCUCGCACGGCUCUGUCUCUCCUCUGUGUGCGGGGCGAGCCAUCGCGCUGGAAAGAAAUGCAGCGCUAGAGCCGACGUGGCAAGUGAAAGCCCUCCAGUGCACACCAUUACCAUGCACUCCUGUCCAGCAGCAGAAUGGUCACUUUGUUCCCAUGCACACCAGCAGCGUCUUGUUGGCAGAAGAUGAAUGUUAACCCCCUGGGAGCUGGCAUCCCACGCCACCACAGUGUGACUCAUUGCCCAUGACAGUAGUGUUGUGUAGUCCAACGUUCGUGUGGACUCCAAAUGACCCGCCUCAAUCCACCUCACUUAAGAGUCCACAACUGUCAUACACGGUGCAGGAAUGUUGUCAUGAUGGAAAGCUUUACCUGAAUAAAACUUUGCCCUCUUCACCAAGAUGAGGAACAUGUCACCUGAAGCAUACGUCUUACAUCCCUACUUGUAUUGUUGUUGGCCCUCCAUGACACACAAAGACACUCCACACCAGCCACAAAGCGUCAACCACGGAACACAUGCCACAACUCGCCCACUGAGGCAGACACCAGCAGUGCAAUAGUCACUCAUUCUUACUAUAACUUCACACACAAAUAUAAACUCAAUCUCCAUAAAGACAAAUAUCAAAAUCUCCAGAAAGAUAAAGUCAUUAAAGAAGUAAAAGAAAUCCAACUUGUUAUUUUCAUCCGCUAGAUUUGAAAAAGAGAAGCUAACCUACCAGUUGAUGAAAGAGCAACAGCAGCCAUCCUGAGGCCAUGCCAUGUACAGAGUGUGGCAGCACCGUCUGGCCGGCCGUCCUCAGCAUCAUAGUGCACAGUAGCAAUGACACACACACACAAAGGAUGAUGGGGGCACACCACUCACUCUGAAAAAUAUAUAUGGUUGGAGUCUUCUUCAAGUAACACAAAGGAACAGAAAGAGCAAGAGGGAGGGACUUGAGGGCAUGAUGAUCCCUGAGCAAACAAAGCUGUCUUCAUUCUUUGGUAAACUAGAAAAAAUACCUAGACACACUAUCAUAUUAAUUCCUACAAAUGAUGUAUGCUACAGUUAAUAUUCAGUGUUAUCAUGCACAUCACAACACUAUAAUUCCCUCUCAGAGAAGGAGGAUGGCAAACAGGUGAUUCUUUCAAUGCAUCACUGUCAAGAAUUUAUUCCUUGACUGUGAAUUUCCUAGCAGAAGACCUCACCAAGCUACAGGAAUGGAUCAAAAAGUGGCUGCUACAAUUCAAUGAAGAAAAAUGUAAAGUCCUGCACCUUGGGAGGGGAUAUCCAGCACACCAAUACCACAUGGGAAACACUCCACUAUCCACCACAGAGGCAGAGAAAGACAUGGGACUAUAUGUUACCAGGCUACCAGUGAAAGCCAAAGUCAUUCCAAUCACAGCAGAUGGGUUAAACAGAGAACAAAGUAAUCAUCUCAUAUAAAGAAAUAUCCAAUGCCAUGACUUGAUCCGGUCACUUAAUAAAGGCUUUCAAAACAAAGAGCGCAAACAAGAAGUGGAUCUAACUGUGAGCAUGAGAGCAAAUGUCUGUGAUGGCCGAGUGACAAGUUAUGGUUCCCCUCCCACUCAUCUCCUUUACCUACCUCAGUCUCCCUCAUGCAAAUCUCUCACUCUUACUUUACUCUGUGGGGUCUAGAAACAUUACCUAACUUACUUUGCCUCCAAAUCAUCACUACGGGACACUUUUAGGCUCUUUGAAGCUGUGAUGAAAGCAACAUAAAGUAAUACUAAUGACAUAUCUACCAAGAAUAUUACCGGCAAUAUGUUAACCCUCCUAUAUCGGUCAUGUGUUACUUCGUUUUUGUUCCAAGACUGUGAGCUUUGGUGGCCUCGGAAGCGAAUGCACCCACCAUGUACACUACACUUCUUCAGUAACUCCAUUUGCCUUGACUUUUGAGUGGGCAUAAAUAUAUCACUGGAUUAAAAAUAGAACUGUCAAUAAGGUGGAUAGGAGAAGUUUGUAAAAUAUUGUCAUUAUUUUGUUUAUUUUGUCUCUGGAAAUCACCUAAAUGAAUGCGUCAUAACCUCCCCAUUCAAGAACCUUUUCCUGCAAGGUUUCAACACGCUGCACAUCCUUUGAACCAUCUGUCCACGAGCUUUCCAAUGCUGGUGUUCCUAUUUUGACAAAUGGAAGUUUUAAAGAAAAUAGAGGUGGUCACAAUUUCAACGCCCUGCAUGAGCACCCUACGAGCCUGCUGCCUGGAGGACAUGAGACAGGAAAACAUGUAACAGUCAGCCUGUUGUGACCAGCUACAAAGGCAACAAUUAAUUUUUGGGAGAAACUUAUGUUGAAUCAUUUGAUGCAAAUUUGAUGCAUUUAGGUUUGUAAUUUUAUUUUCUACGAGGCUGUAAAUUAUUUUCAGCCUGUUUAUGUGUUCGGUGAAUCAUUGCAUGAAGGCUGACAAAUAAAGGUGUCCCAUGUGAGAGGAUAGAUAUGAGUCCUCUUUCAAUUAUGUAACUUUAAAAUUCUUUCGCUGGUUUAGUUUCUAACAGGAAAUACAAGCCAUUAAAUUUCAAAAGACACAAUCACAGCUUUUGUCUGUUUUUUCAUUUUGCAUCAGACUAGAACUCAAUAUCUGGUAUUCCAGCCAUAAGAAACAAGCCAUGAACCAUGUUUUUUUACUUGGCAUCUAAGACAGGUGUGGCAGGAAUCAACAUUAGGUGCUGGGGCAGGUAGCACAUGGCCUUUCUCCUUCCACACCAACCAACACAAACUAUGCCACACACACCUCAUACCCCGACAGCGUAGGCAGUACGUGGCGCCAUCAAAUGUAAUGUUUUCCUACAACAGUGUACAACACACUUUUUGAGGUGAAGACGCAGUAAUGGUAUGGAGCAUUACCUGUCUGCUUCUUGGCCCACAGAUGUACCACUACAUUGUUCUUAUAAAGAGAGCUAAUAACAUAAGUAAAUGCGUGUUAAGAAACCAUUAUUCCCAAGUAUGGAGGUUCAGUUAUUUCAUUCUUGAGUUAUGAGAAUUACUACAUGGCAAGCAUAACAUACAUGUUACGAGGCCAGUGUUCAUGUUGAAAUACCAGUGUUCCCUUGUUUGGAUAUUGGAAAAAUCUGAUCUUUGUUUGAAGUCUUUUUCCUUUUCCAAGUCUCAUGCUAACACCUGUUUUGUAGCCCAAGACAAACAGCUGAGCAAAAGGCAGCACCAGGAUGGGUCACCACAGAUCCACGUGAUUUAUGUACACCCGUGUGCUUCUGAAACCACUGCUAUGUUCCUUUGUUUGGAAACAUUCGUUUUUUUAUGUAUCGUGUACACUUUUCCCUCAUAAUGUUUUAUAUCUUUGAGGUACCAAUAAACCUUUUGUUCAACUGUUUGCAAACAUUCACCUUUUUAAAUAACACAAAAUUUUCCGUCACGAUGUUCUGUAUCUCCGACAAACAUUCACUGGAGGGAGAGAAGCAAAACAGUGCUGCCUUGAUCCUCGACACAAGGCUGGCACGACGCCUUCCCUCCAGCAACACCCACCGAUAAUUUUCAUGACUUAGAGUGUUUGCCACAUCAUGCACGCCUUGCCAGGCAGCGCCCGGUCCAAGGAAAACAAUCUGGAAGACUGAGCCGAUGCACAAAAAUUAAAUAUUCUCAAAGGACAAUGUGAUUACUAAAUUUAAUUUUGAUGAUUUAGUUUUAAUUCCUCGGCCCAAUUAUCCAGAGGAUGGAGAUGCAGCAAGUACUGCCUGAAAGGACGUGCACCGAUUUGUAAGCAUACGUACAUUACAGAAAAUUCUUCCUUAGCUGACGGAAUUUCUGACAGGUGAAGAAAUUUACAUAUAUGCAUUCCCUUCCUCUCCUGCAACUGAAAGUCAUUAUGAAGACAGCAACAUGAGUGUAGCCAAUAUCACCUGACCCACCGCUACCCUGCCCAUGAUCAACAGGUGCAGGGGUGAAGGGAUGCAGGGAGAGGCAGUCUGUGUGGCCCCCUGCAGGUAAACCCAUUCACCCUGUUCCUGUGAGCACUGGUGCAGGAGUGGGGGUAUAACUUGAGGGGCAGCCUGUGUGGCCCCCUAUAGCUAAAGGAAAGUUCUCAUUAGUAUUACUGUUUUUUGUCCAAUUUUGUCCAAGAAUCAAAUUGUUUGUUUCCAUUAUAAUCAUUCUGCCUGCCGACGCGCCUCCCUCUCCUGGGCGGGCGGAGCCAGACACUCCACACUCACUGUACAGCAACACAGAUCAAUAAACCUUGUGCCAUUUUA